AUGAGUAUGGACGUGAAUUCUCUGGUCGAGGCUCAGCGCGACAUUCAUGGGCGAAUGUCAAGGUCCAUGGACAACCUGAAAAAGAUGGGUGCGAGUCACAUCACCGUAGGGGCCGUCGAGGCACGGAUCAGCAUACUGGACAGUCUGUGGAAAAAGGUUGAAGCUCAGCACGACAGCAUUCGAGCCUGCCUCAAGGACAAGUAUUAUGAAAGUGAGUACGCUCGAUCUGAUUUCAUUGAAACUUUAGAAGCUACUUACGUGUUGCAACGAAGCAUGUUGAUCCAAUGCACGGAGGAUUUAAGAGCCUCGUCAACCGCGUCACAAGAUCAAGGUCGAGAGCACGCAAUCAAAACCUCGCUUCCUCGCAUAAAAUUACAAACGUUCUCAGGCGCAUACGAAGAUUGGCCGUCCUUCCGCGAUCUCUUUUCCUCAGUCAUCGGAGAGAAUUCGUCGAUAUCUGACGUUGAGCGCUUUCAUUAUCUCCGAUCGUGCGUCAAAGGAGCCGCUGAAAAGUUAAUUCAGUCAUUAACCGUCACCAGUGAGAAUUAUCAUCGCGCGUGGGCGAUUCUUUGCAAACACUUCGAAAAUAAACGGGAGUUGAUCCGCUCAAACUUCACGACCUUUAUUGCCGUGCCUAAAAUGAAGGGAGAAACCGCCGAGGAACUUAGCCGCAUUCACAACGCCGUCAUGACCGCGGUUAAUGCUCAAGAGAGCAUACACAGACCCAUUAACUCUCACGGGAUGGAUUUGUUCAAUUUCCUCGUCAUCGAGCUCUUAGACUCGCGCACACGCAUGGAGUGGGAAACCUCCACCGCCGACUCUUUGGAACCGCCAAAUCACGACACGCUCUUACACUUCAUCGCGAAAAGAAUUUUAACCCUCAACGCCGCAAAGUCGAAAGCAACUCUAAAGAGUUGCGGAGAUUCGUCGCGAUCAGUGAAGUCUGUUCACACAAAACACAGUACCGACCAACGAAAGUGCGCACUAUGUGAAGGAAAGCACAUGUUAAUGCAAUGCAGCGAAUUCAAAUCGAAAUCCGCCGGUGAUCGUAAGUCCUUCGUUGAAUCUCAUCGGCUGUGCUUUAACUGCCUUGGGAAUCAUAUGAUCGCCAAAUGUCAAUCCGCUAAAACGUGCUUGUCAUGCAAGGCCAAGCACCACACCAUGUUGCACGAUGCCUACGUCUCGUCCAAUGUAAACGAGGCCACCGCACUCUCCGCGGUGCGCCAGCCUUCAGACCGCCAGGCAAUCCUCCUCGCGACCGCUCGCGUGAACAUUGCCGACCGCACCGGAGAGCCUCACGCAGUCAGAGCACUGAUUGAUCAGGGUUCCGAAGUGUCGAUAAUUUCCGACGCGCUAGUUCAACGUUUGCGCCUACCGCGCUCCCGCUCUUCAGUUUCAAUCGUCGGCAUCGGUGGAACCCGGUCCUCCGCAACACGUGGCAAGGUAACUUUGCAGCUUUCAUCUCCAGUCACUGGAUUUAAGCUCACCGCCGUUGCUCAAGUGUUACCUCGGCUCUCCGCUUACCAAGGACCAACCGCGAGGGGCCUCUCCUCGUGGCCUCACAUUAACGGCCUCAAGCUCGCCGAUCCAAAGUUCCUCGAGCAUGACCCGGUCGAACUGCUGCUAGGCGCCGAAGUCUGCUCGACCAUAUUUGUGGAGGGACUCCGCAAGGGCAGCCCUCGAGAUCCCAUGGCUCGGAGGAAACCGCUCUAG